GAAAAUUUCCGAUAAAAUAAAAUGGCGGCUGUGGUGCAUUCGGUAGUUAUGUCGAAGUGUUUAUUACGGUCCUUGUUUGUUACUAUACAAUGUGCGAUUGCUACAAAGUGCUAACAAGUGAUGUGAAAUAACUUUAAAUCGUUGUGAGCGUUUUUUAUUCGGAAUUAUGUAAGAAUAAAGAUGAAAAGACAUUUUAUCUGACCAAUGAAUCGCGCAGCUAUCCAGAUGAAUAAAAAUGGGAGAAUCGACUUUCUUAUUGUUGGUUACUCUAUUCUUAUGGUCACGAUGUUUGGUUUUCGCUGAAAACAAUGAAUGUCCAUCAAAAUGCGUUUGCCUAAACCAAUAUGCUGAUUGUACAAGAAGGAAUUUAAUGUCGGUGCCAAAAAUUCCUAAGUGGGUGGAAGAAUUAGAUCUCAGCUACAACAAAUUGCAUGGAGAUGCAUCCGAAGGAUAUGAGAGACUAUCAAGUCUCAAGGUUUUAAAAAUGGAUAAAAACUCAUUACGCCUCAUACCUAACUUUCUACAGCACAAUAAUCUUCAUGAAGUUAGUCUAAACAGGAAUAACAUUGGUUCCAUUGAUACGGGGCAUUUUCCCGAAAACAAUGGUGUGCCACCCAACUACGGCCAGCAGGGUUACCCCAACCAACCUCCCGGCCAGCAAGGUUACCCCAACCAACCUCCCGGCCAGCAAGGUUACCCCAACCAGCCACCCGGGCAAUUAGAAGUGGGUCACGGGCCGUAUCCGUCCAUGGGCCCCGGCGGCGGGAUCUCGCCUCAAGUUCAGCAAUGGUUCCGAGCGGUCGACAAGGACCAAUCCGGGUUCAUUACUGCCGACGAGCUUAAGGCCGCGUUGGUGAACGCGCAGGGGCAGACGUUCUCGCACACGGCUUGCAGCUUGAUGAUUGGGAUGUUCGAUAAAGAUCGUUCCGGCCACAUCAACGUGGAAGAAUUCGACAAACUGUACACUUACGUUAACCAGUGGUUGGCAGUGUUCAAGACCUACGACACCGACCAGUCAGGCCAUAUUGACGAACAGGAGCUCUCUAAAGCUUUGAAUCAAAUGGGAUUCCGCUUCACUCCGGACUUCAUCAACUUUCUGAUAAAACGUUCAGACCCGAAAGAAGGAAAAGUGUCAGUGGACGAUUUCAUCGUACUCUGUGUACAAAUACAGCGAUUCACGGAGGCCUUCCGCGUGCGCGACACUCAACAAAACGGAACAGUCACUAUUGGAUUCGAAGACUUCCUAACAGUUGCACUGAGCUGCUCGAUUUAAAAUAAGGAUUACCCUUUCACGGCCUUUCGUCAUGUUAAAUGUCACUCACAUUCUAUCAUUGAUGCGAACUUUACUUGAACGCAUCAACGUUACUUUAACCAACUACGCCUUACACGUAUAUUAGCGGUGUGAGCUGAACAUACAACUUUAGGCGUCCUAGGCGUUGAAAGGGUUAAUGAGGGAAAUCUCAAAAUGACAUACAGAUAUCACAAUUACAUGCUUUAUUGGCAAACGUAUGUGUGGAAGAAAUACUGAAAUUAUUCAGUUACCAUACACAAUACACAACUCGCAGUUAGCACCGACUUCUCAUAAGACUUUUAAUGAUGCUUUAAACACGGGAUAUUUUUAUAAUGCUGUCUUGCUUGGCCAUACCAAUUGCCUGCUUAGAAUUCCAUUGUAUCUGUAAGUAAAUAAAUUAUUUUUAUA